CAAAAUAUUCCACCUUUGCGACCGGUUGAGAAAGCGAGAUCCCUCGAUGUAGCAAACGAGGAAAAACAGAGGCGGAAUCCCGUUCAACACCGAGUACCCAUAAUAGAGUUCCCCAAUCCCCUCCUCUCGAAGACUAUCAUCACUCCAUCACAAGAGCAGCAGUUAACUGCACAAAUGCUUACCACCUCCGACUUUCCACCAAACAGUCCGCCUCCUGAUUACCACUCGGUUCUUUCCGACGAACAUGAAUUGACAAUGCAGGAAGACGAAGAUUUACGUAGCACGUCAACGUCAAUCUACGAGACCGCAAGAUCUUCCGUUUCACCUUCACCGAGCCGCGAGGAGCUUCCUCUGUCCCCAGCGCAGACACCCACACUCCAGCUGGCACAUCAGCACUGCUACCAUCACCAAAACAUUCAACAACAGGAGCAGGAAAGAGAAGAAGAAGGCGAGACGAUGACUACAGUAAUUGAUAAACUGGAUGCAGCCACAGAAACUAUGAUCCCCACUUCGCCGGUUUACUUUAGAACCAUCGUGCGAAGAGAUCAUGCGGGCUAUGGGUUGACUGUGUGUGGCACUAACCCUGUCACUGUGCGGAAUAUUCGUGAGGGUAAGUUGUCGGAUUUUUUUAAAGAGUGGUUUCAACAUUUCUAA